AACGUGACCGCGGCACCACGUGACGCGCGCGGCCAAUUGGAUCUCCCGCGGAUCGGCGGUCACGUUGCACUCGGCGUGGCUCGUUCACCCCCGCACGCUCCUGCACGCUGCCCCCUCGUCCAUCGGCCCCCUGCGACUAUUCGCACUUCGCAUAUGCGAUCGGCUGUUAGCGCGGCGCGGUGCGGUUUCUCGGUCCCGCGACUUCGCUCGUCCGUCGAGAUAAGAGGCGGAAGGAAAGAAGAAACGAGGGGUGGAGCGGUGGAGAAAGAAGCCGAGACGCGUCGCGGGUUUGGCGAACGCGCGCGAUCGUCGCGGCCGCGAGUGCGAGUGCGCGUUUCGCGCGAACAGUGGAUCGUCGUCAUCGCGCACGACGUUCGAUUCCGGAAUAUUAGGAGGCUAAUUAGCGCGCGGUCGAGCCCGCGAGUGAAUCGUUGAAUCGGUAAUUCAAAUUAGGGACUAGACUCGAGAGUCUCCUAUGCCGAUCGCUGGCGGUGGACGCGCGAGUGAAACGCUGAAUUCGCGGCGGAGCCCGCGAGGAGAAAUGUGCGUCCGACGGUGCGAUCGGCGUGCGUCGCGGCUGACGAACUGACGUCUUGUUUCUCGACUCAAGCUCCCCGACCCGAUCGAUCGCCCGCUCGCUGAAUCUUGUAGGAACCGUAGGGCUUCGCCGCGGCCUCGCCGAGUGUUCAAGAAAUCAAGACGAUGCGCGCCUCGCGGCGAGGCUGCCACGCCGGCCGCGACGAGCUGCUGUCGUAGUGGUCCCUCGGGUUUCUGCGGGGGAUUCGUGGUGGGUCACGUUGUCUCGACUCUUCUAACCCGGCGCGCUUUCACCGGCCGCUUCAACGAAAGGUGUACUGAGGAAAGAUGACGGGAAGUAGUAACAACGAGAUGGGCCAGGGGGUGACCUCGGGAGUUCGAGGCGAUGGCGGGAAGCACACGGUUCACUGGUUCCGUAAGGGACUCCGGCUGCACGACAACCCCUCGCUGAAGGAGGGUCUCGCGGGGGCGUCCACUUUCCGGUGCGUCUUCGUCCUGGACCCCUGGUUCGCCGGAAGUACCAACGUCGGCAUCAAUAAAUGGAGAUUCCUGCUGCAAUGUUUGGAGGAUCUGGAUUGUUCCCUGAGGAAACUGAACUCCCGGCUGUUUGUGAUCCGGGGACAGCCGGCCGACGCACUCCCCAAGCUCUUCAAAGAAUGGGGCACGACGAACCUGACUUUCGAGGAGGACCCGGAGCCGUUUGGCCGCGUGCGAGAUCACAAUAUCUCGGCCCUCUGCAAGGAGCUCGGUAUCUCGGUGGUCCAGAGAGUUUCGCACACUCUUUACAGAUUGGACGAGAUCAUAGAGAGAAAUGGCGGAAAACCGCCGUUGACCUACCAUCAAUUUCAAAACGUCGUCGCCGGCAUGGACCCGCCGGAACCGCCGGUACCGACGGUGACUGCCGCCUGCAUCGGCAGCGCCUAUACGCCCCUAAAGAACGACCACGACGACCACUACGGAGUGCCCACCCUCGAAGAGCUCGGCUUCGAUACGGAAAAUCUGCUGCCGCCGGUGUGGGUCGGCGGCGAGAGCGAGGCCCUGGCUAGGCUCGAACGUCACCUCGAGAGGAAGGCAUGGGUGGCGAGCUUCGGCAGGCCGAAGAUGACACCGCAGUCCUUAUUACCGAGCCAGACCGGGCUCUCGCCCUACCUGCGAUUCGGCUGUCUCAGCACGCGGCUGUUCUACUAUCAGCUCACCGAUCUGUACAAAAAGAUAAAGAAAGCGGUGCCGCCGCUGUCGUUGCACGGGCAGCUUCUGUGGCGCGAGUUCUUUUACUGCGCCGCGACGAAGAAUCCGAAUUUCGAUCGGAUGCACGGCAAUCCGAUCUGCGUGCAAAUACCGUGGGACAGGAACGUGGAGGCGCUCGCAAAAUGGGCGAACGGUCAGACGGGAUUUCCGUGGAUUGAUGCGAUCAUGACGCAGCUGCGGGAAGAGGGUUGGAUACAUCACCUGGCCAGACACGCGGUGGCUUGCUUCCUGACCAGGGGCGACCUUUGGAUCUCAUGGGAGGAAGGAAUGAAGGUGUUCGACGAGCUUCUCUUAGACGCCGACUGGUCCGUCAAUGCCGGCAUGUGGAUGUGGCUGUCGUGCAGCUCGUUCUUCCAGCAGUUUUUCCAUUGCUACUGCCCCGUGCGAUUCGGCCGGAAAGCGGACCCGAACGGCGACUAUAUCAAGCGCUACCUACCGGUGCUGAAGAACUUCCCGACCAGGUACAUCCACGAGCCCUGGAACGCGCCGCUCAGCAUACAGCACGCCGCCAAGUGCAUCAUCGGCAAGGAGUACUCGUUGCCGAUGGUCAACCACAGCAAGAGCUCGCGCAUCAACAUCGAGCGGAUGAAGCAGGUGUACCAGCAACUGAACAAGUAUCGCGGUAACGGAACCUCGUUCAAGGGAGAGAACAUCGGCUUGCUGAACGCAUUGCUGGCACCGCCGGCAAAGGACAGCGACGAGGAGAAGAGGAAGCAGGACUCGUCGAAUCGGGAGAACGAGCAGAAAAUGGAGACCAUCAGCAGUCCCACGCAACAGCAACAGCAAUAGCAGCGGCAGAGGUAGUAGCGACAGUCGGUAUAGCGAUCUGGCUAAUUCGUUAACGUGAUAACGCUAUUCUUUUAUGGAUCUUAAAAGCGACAAAAUUCCAAACGAGUUCUACAUCUAAUCAUUUUUCUCGACUGGCCCUAACCAGCCCCGAACACCGGCUGUAAUGAUCGACAUAAUCGGUGCCUUUUUUAUCUCGAUUUACUCCUCAGUGUCAUCGGGUAUUAGUCGCCGCGUGUAGCAAAUUCUACAAGUCAUGUCGACGUAUUGAUAUUAGGUAUGUGUAAAAUUUUUAUACUUUUCGCGACUCCGAGCGACAGUUGUUGAAAGGUAGUGGAAAAUUCGAUAUCAAAUAUCCGCAGACCCGCGACGAGGGACCGCGCUAUUUUUUUAACAUUUGCGGAGAGUGCGAUAGGCGUUUUAGCGGCGGGCCGUCUUGGCGGGCGUGUUACUAGAGCGAAUCUAACGUUCGUUGAGACGAGAGAGUGUCCGUUAAUUCGUACUCCGUCACACAUGUUAUAUGUGCAACUUUAACAAUGCUUCCCGCGACGUAUCGAUUAACAACUGUACCGUCUAGAUUUUUUAUGGCUGUAAAACACGAUUGUAAAUAACGAAUAAAAACGUACGUUUCACAGGA